CCCUAACCUCUGUGCUCUGCUUGCUGAGUGCUGCCUCGUCGGGACGUCGCCGGACCUGCACCAAAGACCAGUCGUCCAGUCCUCCAACUUGCCUGCUGCCGGCGGCCCUGCUCCGCCGCCUCGCCUGCUCCAAGCGACGAACGGACCGUCACCAGAGACCAGUCCAGUUCUCGUCGACGGACCAUAGCUCCGGUCUCCUCCCGGACCUCUCCUGUCGACGAAGGUUUAAGGACAUCUUCAAGAAGUCUAUGAAGCUUAAUGGAAAUCAAAGCUUAAUGGUACGAACACAGUCUCAUUGAUGAUGAUAUCAUUGAUAUGGUUGCUUAUGCAUUGAAAAGUGGUGGUGGUUAUGUAUGGGCAUGCAAGAACUAUGAUGGGAUGUGCAGAGUGAUUUCUUAGCUCAAGGUGAUUCUUCACUAAACCAUUCACAAUAGUGUUGAAAUCAAGCUAAGUUGUUUUACAUGGCUAAUAUACCUGAACAUCGAAAAUGGAUGUAUAACCGAUUGUUACCUGGAAAAAGGGGAUACACUGAUGAGUUCUUAAUAGGUGUUGAGGAAUUUGUAAAUUAUGCUAGCACACUUCCUGUAUACAAGGCUUCAAUGGAGAUUAGGUGCCCAUGUAGUAAGUGUAAAAAUAGAGUACACUUGUCUGCAGAUGAUGUUCGUGUUCAUUUGUAUAAGAAGGGUUUUGAACCAAAUUAUUGGAUUUGGACAUGUCACGAUGAGCUUGCCCCUUCAAUACAAUCACAUAUGAACGAAGGCCCGAGUGAAAGCAAUCGGUAUGAACAAAUGGUUUUUGAUGUAUCUGGUCCAUCAGAUGAGCUUGCCCUUUCAAUACAACCACAUAUGAACGAAGGCCCGAGUGAAAGCAAUCGGUAUGAACAAAUGGUUUUUGAUGUAUCUGGUCCAUCAGUUUUUCCAUUAAAUGGCGAUAAUGACCAAGAUGAAGAGCCACAUAGUAGUGCAAGAAACUUCUAUGAUUUGCUAGAUCUUGCGAGACAACCUUUAUCAAAAAAUGUUGGUGAAGAAACAGAGUUGGCAUAUGCAUUGAUGAUGAUGAAUAUCAAGACAACUUUUAAUAUACCACAGCUAGCAAUGGAUCAGAUAUUUCAGUAUAAUAACCGUAUGAUGGGUCCCAAUAAUCGAGUACCUACUCGGUAUUCUGAUGCCAAAAAAUUACUUACAAAACUUGGUCUUGGACAUGAGAAGAUUGAUUGUUGUAUAAACAGUUGUAUGUUGUACUAUAAGUCUGAAAUCAAUGACAGACACUGUAAGUUUUGUGGUGAGCCAAGAUUUAAACCACAUCCACCUGGAUUUGCUCGUGCAAAAGAGAUACCACGCAAAAGAAUGCAUUACAUUCCUCUCAUCCCUAGAUUGCAACGUUUGUAUGCAUCACAUAGCUCUGCUUCACACAUGCGGUGGCAUUAUGAAAAUCUUCGUGAAUCUGGUAUUAUGUGUCAUCCUUCAGAUGGGGAAGCAUGGAAGCACUUUGAUAGUAGAUUUCCUGAUUUCGCAGCAGAUCCUCGAAAUGUGAGAUUAGGCUUGUGUUCUACUGGAUUUUCUCCAUUUGGUUUCAAUGCAAAGUCGUACUCUUGUUGGCCUGUUAUGGUUGUUCCAUAUAAUCUCCCACCUUCAAUGUGUAUGACUCCACCAACCACAUUCUUAACUUGUAUUAUUCCUGGGAAGAAGAACCCAAAAGCCAAUAUUGAUGUCUAUCUGCAGCCUUUAAUUGAUGAACUUCAAAUAUUAUGGAAAACAGGUGUCUUAACUUAUGAUGCAUCACUUAAACAAAAUUUUAUGAUGCGAGCUGCGUUAAUGUGGACCAUCAAUGACUUUCUUGUGUACGGUAUGCUAUCUGGAUGGCAGACAACCGGGAAACUAGCAUGUCCUUAUUGUCUUCAGUAUUCUAAAUCAUUUUAUUUGAAGAAUGACCAUAAAACAUGUUGGUUUGAUUGUCACCGUCAGUUCCUUCCAAUGAAUCACUCAUGGAGGAAGAAUCGAGAUGCUUUCAUCAAACGACGGGUAGAGAAAUCAAAACCUCCACCCAUUUGGACAGGGGAUGAGUUGUUUCAUAGUUUGAAAAAUAUUCCAAGGAUUAUUGAUGGGCCAAUUGAUCGCAUUGAGGGAUUUGGACAAUCACAUAAUUGGAAAAAAAAGAGUAUAUUUUGGGAUUUGCCUUAUUGGAAAGAUAACUUGCUACGCCAUAAUCUUGAUGUGAUGCAUAUAGAGAAAAAUGUGUUUGACAACAUCUUCUACACUGUUAUGGAUGUCAAAGGCACAACCAAAAACAAAGACACACCUAGUGCACGUCUUGAUAUGAAGGACGUUUGUAAUAGGCCACAACUUGAGUUGGUAGAAGAGAAUGGACAUUUUCUUAUGCCCAAGGCAAGCUACAGUUUGAAUCGUAAUAAUCAAUUGGUUGUCUAUGAGUGGUUACGGACUUUGAAGUUAUCUGAUGGGUUUUCUUCUAAUUUGGCUACAUGUGUUGAGUCCACAUCUUCUAAAUUAAUUGGGAUGAGCAGUCAUGAUUGCGAUAUUUUUAUGCAAUUUCUUUUACCUGUAGCGUUCAUGUUUUUACCAAGCUGUUAUUGGAAGCCUUUGACUGAGUUAAGUGCGUUUUUUCGAAAUCUUUGCUCUACAUCCCUACGUGUGGACAAAAUAAGUGAAAUGGAAAACUCGAUUGCUUUAACGUUGUGUAAGUUAGAACGUUUUUUUCCUCCAGCACUGUUUGACUGCAUGGAACACUUGCCUGUCCAUCUUCCCUAUGAAGCACGUUUAGGUGGCCCAAUACAAUAUCGUUGGAUGUAUCCAUUUGAAAGAUUUCUUAAUCACUUGAAAUCCAAAAUGAAAAAUAAGAGAUAUGUUGAGGGUUCAAUUGCUGAUGCAUAUAUGCUUGAAGAGUCAACACACUUUGCAUCAUUUUAUUUUGACGAUCAUGUGAAGAGUAGAACAAAGAUAGGUCAGAACCUAAAUGAUGGAGGCAUUAAUCCCAACUUUCCAGUUACUUUGUCAAUAUUUAAUCAACCAGGUCGGUCGAUGGGCAAGAGAAAAACAAGAUAUUUGAGUGCAGAAGAAUGUUUCUUAGCUCAUCAAUAUGUCUUACUUAAUUGUGAGGAGGUUCAACCCAUUUUAAGGUUGUAUGAAAAAGGUUUACGGCGUUACAAUCCUGGUUGUACUGAUCAAGAUGUAGAUGAUGAAGUUAAAAGGAAUUUUGCACAUUGGUUUAAAGAAUAUGUAUAUAACUCAAGGAACAAUGUGUCUAACCAAUCACUCAUUGAUUUGGCAUCUGGGCCGUUGAUGGAGGUAAACACAUACACGGGAUAUGUUGUUAAUGGUUUCAAGUUUCAUACUGAAGUACAUUGUCGUAGAAAGUCAACUUCUAACUUUGGAGUGUCUAUUAAAGGAACUGGUUUAACACAGUUUGAAUCAAAUUGUUUUGGCACGUUGCAAGAGGUUGUUGAGGUUGAGUACCCAAAUGACCCAAUUAAAAAGGUAGUUCUCUUUAAGUGUGAGUGGUUUGACCCAACACUGAAUGUUGGAUCACGAUUGAAUUCUGAAUAUGGUAUCGCUGAGGUGCAUUGCAAAAAACGAUCUAAGAAGUAUGGUCCUUUUAUCAUUGCACAAAGCGCAUCUCAAGUGUGUUAUAUUCCAUACCCACAAGGUAUAAAGGAAAAAAUGAAUUGGUGGGUAGUGUUAAAUGUACAACCUAGAGGAACUAUUGACAGCACUUAUAGCUCUAGUUAUUCAUAUCAACAACAGAACAUAAUGUUGCCUACAUAUGGGGGUAGUCAAAGUAUUGAAGAUGACGUGCAAGACUUAGUGCACAAACCAUUACAAAUGAAUGAAGUGGAAUUAACUCAAAGCGAAAAUCAAGGGUCUGAUGAACGUGCCCAAACUGAAAAUUCUGAAGAAGAUGAUAGUGAAGAGAUUGAAGAAGAGGACAAUGAUGAUUUUAUAGAAGAUGAUAGUGGAGAUUCUGAUGACAAAGAUUCUACACCAUCAGAGGAUGAUGAUAAUGAGCAAUCCGAAGAUGACGAGGGUGAAUUUUAAUUUAGAUUUGAAUUUUAAUUUAUUUUAAUGUUUAUUUUAAUUAGUGAUUUAUAUGUAUUUUCAUUUGCCUAAAAACUUUUGAAGUGAUUUAUAUGUAUUUUCAUUUGCCUAAAAAUGUGUGCUUUAUUAAUUAAUUUACUUUUGUUAGGAAUAUACUAUAUGUACUCCCAUUUUUUACUCCUAAUUUUUAUUCCACACAAAAUCAUGAUGUAGACACUUGUAUUGAGACUCACAUGAAAAAAGUAGCUUAUCAGUGUCCCUUGUAAAAUUUAGGGAGUAAGAUUUGGGAGUUCAUGUAGUAGAACUCUUUUUGUUAACAGUAGAAUGAUGAGGCUUUUUUUUUUUUUUUGUGCUUCAAAUUUUUGUGCUAUUUUUUUUUUCUUUCCGGCUUUUGACAAAGUCAAUGUUGGGUUUGAAAGCCAUUUGAACAAAUUUCUGCUAGCUAGGGUUUACUCUCUCACCACUUCUCCUUUGCCAUUUCUCUGUUGAAAAGAAGCACCGUCACACCUCAGGUACGCCAUUUUUAUGUUUUGAUUUUUGUUUUUGUUUUUUCCCAAUUUUUCUACAUAUUUGGUACUUGUUUUUGCCUAGAUUUCUACUUGUUUAUGUUUCUAGAUUUGUAUUUGUUGUUUUCUCAGUUUCUACUUAUGGCUAUGGUUAACUUCUCAUGAUUCUCUGUGAAAGAAAUUUCUGACAAAGAAAAUAUUGGGCAUGUUGAUUGUUAGUAUUUCCAUUUUUUCCCUGGUUUUUAUUGUUUUGCAACUGUGGAAAAUAGAGUUUGAGACAUCCAUGUCAUAUCAGAAUGAUGGAAUGAGUAUGUUGUGUGCUAUGUACUGCUAUUUAGUACUCAAUAGGUAGUUCACUGCAUCAAACCUAAUAAGUCACUGCUAUGGAAUGAGACUUUUGGCUGGUUUUGCUAUAGUGGUUGGAGUCAAAUACUUGAGUUGUGCAAAAGUCUACUUAUAACAAUGUAAAGCAAUAAAGUAGCAUGAGUGCAUUAUUCUGUACAGUCCUCAAUAUACCCUUUCCAGAAGUCUUUAUCCUCAAAUUAGUUUUCCCCUACAGAAAAAGAUUUUUUCACUCCUUACACUUGCUUAUGAAGUUACUUUGUGCCAUAGACUGAUCUUCUGUCAAGAUAUUUCCAAUAGCUUUGCAACAGUUAACAGAGGAAGAUGAAAGAUUGUGCCAUAUCCACAAUCAUUCUUAUUUUGACAUUUUGCUUUCAUCAGUAAUAUCACUAAUAUGAAAGAAAAAGCUUUCAAAUUAAGAAAUAAAUAUGACCAUAUGCAUUAAGUUUUUUACUCAAUAAACCAUAAAGAAAUGUCUGACACAGACAUUGGGGUUAAUUAAAAAGGGGAAGAAGAGAUUAAAAACAUGAAUUGUUUAAAAACAUGAGAGUGAUUAAAUGAAAGAAAAGUGAUUACUAAUUCAUCUUCUUCAAAGCCAGCUCAUAUUGCAGUGUCUCUUAGAAUACUGUUCCAUUCAAUGCCUAAGCGCAGACUAUCCAUGGCUAACUUAGAUUUUCUUUCUUUUUAAAUUUUCCUCUUGGAGUUCCUCUUUCUCUAUUUAUCCACAAUCAAAUAAUGAGAAAGAGGUGUUAAAAAGCUGAAAAUGUCAACACAAAUGUAGUCUGGAGCAAUACUUUAGAUUUUCUGAAAAUGUCAAUGCUAAAGAUUUUGUUUAAAAUGGAUAAAUAACUCUAUCUUUCCAGUUUCCACAUAGGUGUUGUUGAAAUUUGAGGGCAAGCAUAUCUCUUCUCCAGAAUCUGCUGAGAUUAGGAAAUAAAAUCAUGGCUGUUCAGCCAUUUGUAUCUGUUAAAGUGUGCCCAAGAAAAAAAAUUAUAUUAUUUUGUUUUUUUUGUUUUCCCUUAUGCUGCUGUCUCUGCUUAUUGUGUGUGAAGUCCAAUCUGUUAGCAUUUAACAUCAAUUCACAUGCUGCUGUCUCUGCUUGAUUUUAAGCAUUAUUUCUAAACAAAUUUGAAGGCCUUGUUUUAUUUUUAAGUGAGUGAAGACUGAAGCGUGGUGACCUUUCUUUACAACAAAAAAUGUCACAGCGUAAUGCAAGAGAGUAAAAGGUUGAUGUCCCAACCACCAGCAAUUGCUAAUUCCGAAUAAAGCUCACCACCAAAUGAUGUCCCAAACUCCAGCCCACCACCAAGUCUAGUCCCACACUCUAGCCCACCACCAAGUUAUGUGCGUCGAGAGCUGCAGGAUAGUGAUUCUGAGCGUAAUAUCUUGGCAUCACCAAAUAAUGUUCCAACACCUCCAAGUUCUAAUUCAGAUCCAAAAGACAACAGGAUCACAAUACACCCCAUUGGCACGACAUCGUAAGUCUUAUAUUGAUAACUGUACUAUGUUUACCUUUAUUUCUAACAUUUAUAUUUUGUUACAGGUUUGAUCCAUGUAGUGCGCAUAGGGGAAUUGUG